AUGAUCCUGUGUGCUCUCAUAAUUUGGAGGCUCUCUUACACUUGCUUCACGGGUAAUGUUAAUAACAACAACAUUACAGUUACAGACUCAUCAAAACGACACCGUUUGUUAUCCGAAGCUUGGCCAAAACUCCACGGUCAAGACAACUGGGUCGGACUACUCGACCCGAUCGACCCGCUUCUCAGAUCCGAACUCAUUCGCUACGGGGAGAUGGCCCAAGCCUGUUACGAUGCCUUCGACUUCGACCCGUUUUCCAAAUACUGCGGAACUUGCAGAUUCACUCCCCAAAGUUUCUUCAAAACCCUAUCAAUGGCUACUCACCACCACCAUUACCGACUCACUCGUUACCUCUACGCCACUUCCAACAUCAACCUCCCAAACUUCUUCAAGAAAUCGAGGUGGCCCAAGGUCUGGAACAACGCCGCCAAUUGGAUCGGCUACGUCGCCGUAUCCACCGACGAAGCCACCCAACACCUCGGCCGCCGCGAUAUCACCGUAGCAUGGCGCGGAACGGUCACCAGACUCGAAUGGAUCGCCGACUUAAUGGAUUACCUCAAACCCGUAUCCUCCUCCAACAAGAUUCCUUGCCCCGACCCGAACGUGAAAGUCGAAUCCGGGUUUUUAGAUCUCUACACCGAUAAGGACGAGACCUGCCGAUUCUGCAAAAACUCGGCGAGGGAACAGAUCAUCUCCGAGGUGAAUCGGCUUAUGGAGAUGUACUCCGGCGAGGAAAUGAGUAUCACGAUUACGGGUCACAGUCUCGGGGCGGCUCUGGCGAUUCUAAGCGCGUACGACAUAGCCGAAACGGGCACAAAUGUGGGUGGAAACGGUCGGGUGGUACCUGUAUCCGUUUUGUCGUUUUCGGGUCCUCGGGUGGGUAAUGUUGGGUUCAGGGAGAGAGUUGAGGGUUUGGAUGUGAAGGUUUUGAGAGUAGUGAAUGUUCACGAUGUGGUUCCGAAAUCGCCGGGUUUUAUAUUUAACGAGAAUUCGGGGCCGAUUUUGAUGAGAAUCGGGGAGGGAUUGCCGUGGUGUUACUCUCAUGUGGGCGUGGAAUUGGCGUUGGAUCAUAAGAAAUCGCCGUUUUUAAAACCCACUAAUGAUCCUGUGUGCUCUCAUAAUUUGGAGGCUCUCUUACACUUGCUUGACGGGUAUCAUGGGAAAGAUGAGAGAUUUGUGUUAUCGAGUGGAAGAGACCCAGCCUUAGUGAACAAAGCAUGUGAUUUCUUGAAAGAUCAUUACUUAGUUCCGCCAUUUUGGAGACAAGAGGAGAAUAAGGGCAUGAUCAGAAGCAACGAUGGCCGUUGGAUUCAGCCUGAACGUCCUAAUCAUCACCGUUCAUUCACCAUGCAUGAAUGAAUG